CCGGGGCCGCCCCCCGCCCCGCCUCCCUCCGGACCCCGGCGUCCGGGGCUCCCCUGGGGCUGGGGGCGCGCGGAGGUCGAGGCCGGGACCUCAGGGACCCUGGUCCUUCGGUGGUUCCCGGAGGGAAGGCCCACCAGGCGGGGCGUCGGGCGCGCUCUCCACUUGGCCCGGUGGAGACUGGGCGUCACCGACGGGAGGGGGCGUUUCCCGAGGUCCCGGGGUCCCCGAAGCUGCGAGCCCGAGGCCCCGACAGCCCGACCCUCAGGGCCGCGCGCAGCGGGGAGCAGGCAGCCGGCGGGCGGGUUGGUGGCGAGCCGCGCGCUGGGGAGAAUCCAGAGGACGCCUCGGAACCAUUUCCUCCUCCGCCUGCUCGCUGCCAGGGCCGCGGCCCGGGGCCCUGCCUCCUCCGCCAAGGGACCGUGUGUGGCCGGACCUGCUCGGGACCCAGGCGCUGUCCUGCCAGCUCCUCGCAGCGGGUCGGCGCCGCCGGCAGGAUGGUGGACACCGAGAGCCCGAUCUGCUCCCUCUUCCCCCUCGAGGCCGACGACCUGGAGAGCCCGCUCUCGGAAGAGUUCCUGCAGGAAAUGGGCAGCAUCCAGGACAUGUCCCAGUCCCUCGGGGAGGACAGCUCCGGAAGCUUCAGCUUCACCGACUACCAGUACUUAGGCAGCGGCCCCGGGUCCGAGGGCUCCGUCAUCACGGACACGCUUUCCCCGGCUUCGAGCCCCUCGUCGGUGUCUUACCCUGUGGUCCCCGGCAGCGCCGACGAGGCCUCCAGCACAGCACUCAACAUCGAAUGCAGAAUCUGUGGGGACAAAGCCUCGGGCUACCAUUACGGGGUUCACGCGUGUGAAGGCUGCAAGGGGUUCUUCCGGAGAACCAUCCGCCUGAAGCUGGUGUACGACAAGUGUGACCGGAGCUGCAAGAUCCAGAAGAAGAACCGGAACAAGUGCCAGUACUGCCGCUUCCACAAGUGCCUUUCGGUCGGGAUGUCCCAUAACGCAAUCCGUUUUGGACGAAUGCCAAGAUCCGAAAAAGCGAAACUGAAAGCAGAAAUCCUUACGUGUGACCACGAUGUGGACGAUUCGGAAACUGCGGACCUCAAGUCCCUGGCCAAGCGCAUCUACGAGGCCUACCUGCGGAACUUCAACAUGAACAAGGCCAAGGCCCGCGGCAUCCUCGCCGGCAAGGCCAGCAACAACCCGCCCUUCGUCAUCCACGACAUGGAGACGCUGUGCAUGGCCGAGAAGACGCUGGUGGCCAAGCUGGUGGCCAACGGCAUCCAGAACAAGGAGGCGGAGGUGCGCAUCUUCCACUGCUGCCAGUGCACCUCCGUGGAGACCGUCACGGAGCUCACGGAGUUCGCCAAGGCCAUCCCCGGCUUCGCGGGCCUGGACCUCAACGACCAGGUCACGCUGCUCAAGUACGGCGUGUACGAGGCCAUCUUCGCCAUGCUGGCGUCCGUCAUGAACAAGGACGGCAUGCUGGUGGCCUGCGGCAGCGGCUUCAUCACCCGCGAGUUCCUCAAGAGCCUGCGCAAGCCCUUCUGCGACAUCAUGGAGCCCAAGUUCGACUUCGCCAUGAAGUUCAACGCCCUGGAGCUGGACGACAGCGACCUCGCCCUGUUCGUGGCGGCCAUCAUUUGCUGCGGAGAUCGCCCGGGCCUCCUGCACGUGGGACAGAUCGAGAAGAUGCAGGAGGGCAUCGUGCACGUGCUCCGGCUGCACCUGCAGGGCAACCACCCCGACGCCGCCUUCCUCUUCCCCAAGCUCCUGCAGAAGAUGGCGGACCUGCGGCAGCUGGUCACGGAGCACGCGCAGCUGGUGCAGGUCAUCAAGAGGACCGAGGCGGACGCCGCGCUGCACCCGCUGCUGCAGGAGAUCUACCGCGACAUGUACUGAGGCCCCGAGCGCAGGAGGAGCCGCUCCGCAGCUGCGGAGAGGGGAGCGAGGCCCGCCGCCGCGCCCUGGGCCGGGACCCGUCCCCACGGCCGGCCUCCCCGGCCUCGCCCGCCGUAGCCGGGAGUGGGCAGCAGGGGCGGCGGGAGAAGCCUGCCCGGCAUCAGUCCAUCAGAUGUCCUGACAGCGCCCUCGCGACUCCCACUGAACACCCCGACCUCACAGCAGCGGGCUGCCUGCCGGUCCCGCGCGGACUGCUGGCUCCUUUGUAACUGGGAAAGCUAAUCGCACUUUUUAACGUUCGUAAUCCUGUGUUUCUAGAGGUAACCAAAGGGUAGGGGCUUCACAAGCAGCAACUAUUUAUUCGAAGGCUUCGAUUCUGGUUCCCGAAUUCGAAGAGACGUGCUCUUUUCUAACCGUAGGGUUUAGCGUUCCGGAAGUUACUGAUAAGCUAUCGCGGUGCGGGCCCGUCGCUCGGUUCCCUGGGUGACGGGCGGUCGCUGGACCGCGGAGAAGCCCGUGUCCAGGUUUGGGGAGAGGGUCCCGGGAACCGCGUCUGGGUGCCUGGUCUGGACCGCAGGCCUGUGCGAAGCCGGCGUCGUGGGCAGGAUGGUGACGGACUCGAAAGUGCCUCAGGGUCCCGGUCCGCUCGCCUGGGGCCCCUCAAACCGGCACCGCCCCGGCUGCCGGGGCCUGGUCGCGUGUGCGGGGCAGCCUGACAAGCUGCCCGCAGCUGUUCCUCUGGCCCCGCGCCUCCGGCCGCUCCGUGGUCCUCCCUGUGGCUGUUAAAUCUGCAGCUUGUGUGUGUGACUCUCCGGCAGUGCUGCCCCCGGAGUGGAGAAGACGCGGCACAUGUGACUUGGGGGGCGGGUCACAGGAGGACAAAGGGGAGGGGAGGGGCGAGGUCCGUUAAAAGGCUGCACCUAGAACAGGACUCGCCAAGCCUGGCGGCUGUGACGAAGGCUGACAGUAAGCAUCCUCCAAACACCACGUGCCUGUUUCAGCCCUAAAGGUCCACUGCUCGGCCUCGGUCUCCUGAGAGCCACGCUGACCGUGGCCACAGCACGUGGCCUGCAAGCACUCUCCUCCGUCACCUUAGCGGGCCCAGUGUCCCCUCAUUCCAGCAGCCCGCCUGCCGUGCGUCACCUUCUGUCCCCAUCCCCACCUGCAUCCCUCCAUCCCCUACCCCUCCAUCCCCACCCCCAUCCUCCAUUCCCCACCCCCAUCCUUUCAUCCCCGACCCUUCCAUCCCCACC